AUGGCCGGUGGUCAACACCACCACAGAACCAACUUGGACAAGUACCACCCUGGUUACUUUGGUAAGGUCGGAAUGAGAUAUUUUCACAGACAAAAAGUCCACUUCUGGAGACCCGAGAUUAACUUGGACAAAUUGUGGAGUUUGGUUGAUGCUGAGAAGAAGGACGAAUACUUGAAGUCUGCUUCUUCAUCUGCUGCCCCAGUCAUUGACACCUUGGCCCACGGUUACGGAAAGGUCUUGGGUAAGGGUAGAUUGCCACAAGUUCCAGUCAUUGUUAAGGCUAGAUUUGUGUCCAAAUUGGCCGAAGAAAAGAUCAGAGCCGUUGGCGGAGUCGUUGAGUUGGUUGCCUAG